AUGAAUUAUAUGAUUAAUUUUAUAUAUAGAGUUGUUUUUUUUCUUUCUAACAAUAAAAGUAAGGUUACCCCGGAACAAAAUACUCGACCACCUGAUGGUCGUGCCUAAGUUAGCCAAAAUGAAACAUUCGCAUGGCUGUCCUCAUCAGCAAUGUUCUGAAAGCUCCGUAAGAAGAACUCAGCCUGGUCACAUCCUCCAAGACCAGAGCAUAGCCUCACGCCUCUCCAUUUUGGAUCUGCCGACCUCACCGCCACAUAAGCGAGAUUAGCUCCCAAAUGAAUUCUAUCAGCAUUGAAUCUCACUUCUCUUUUUGCUUCUCUCUCGCAAUAACGUUUACGAGUUUGAUCCAAAAUAUGCAUAUGUGGUAAGAUCUAUUUACAUCACCAACUUUGAUGUUAAGUAAACCAGAGGAGAGAGUCUUUGGAACUGGAGAGCGUCUAACUUUGAUGGCUAAUGAGAAAAUUCUCCUGUGCAAUUUGAUCUAUCUGAGGUAAUUCUCCAAGUCCCUUCUUCUGAUUGGUCUCUGCUAAAAGUUAAAACAUGAUUCAAUUCAACAAAUUGUAAUCGGUUUAGCUCGUCUAAAAGCAAACUGGAAAUUGCAAAGAGUUGGGUUUUAAUCAGUCAAAAGCUUUGGUAAGGAAAACACUCUCAGAGGAAAAGAGGGGUUGCUGUUUAUCACAAUUUUGAGAGAGUUGAUAAGAGUGAGUGGACGAAACAACUUGAGCAAAGAAAGUCACAUAACACUUCAAAAAACUACAAGCUGUUUUUUUUUUCUCCUUAGUUAACAACUACUUGCCGUUUUGUUAUUGUCACACUGACGCUUUGUUAUCGUCACACUGACGCGCAUAGACUCGAAGGAAAUCCCAAUAUGAGCUCAUUUUGCAGAAACCGAUGGCGUUACUCAAAUUAGCAACUCUGGUGUAUUUAAAACACAAGAAUUGAUCGACGACGACGCCGAUACAGGAAACUCAAAAUCGUUUAGUAAAAAUCCUCUUUUUUUUUUUUCUUUUUUUUUUUUUGUUUCCAUGUACAAACAACGCUUUCGUAGAUGUAUUUGUUUCAGGGCUUUGAAUUAAGUUUCGGAAAAAUCCAAACUUUUUGAAGCGAUGAUUGUCAAAAUAAAAGUUUAGAUUGACACAAGAUUUUAUUUAAUGUCACAAGAGGUUGUCUAUGUUGUCGGCCAAUGUGUUUUGUUUGUGGAAAUGCUUUGUCUCUACUCUGUUCAAACGAGGGUUUCUAUCAAGUGUCUUUGAAUUCACUUCGAAAAAUCCAAACUUGGAAUUAGCUUUCACUCUGUUUACACACCUUAAUAAGUUUGACUGUUGAAAAAUGAAAAGUAGAAGUCCACAUACUUUGUUUUGAUUUUGUGACCAUUUUAAAUGAGUUUCAGUUUUGAACCGCAUUUACUAGCCCCACCCACGACAGUAAUGCAAUCGUAUUUUGGAUUUUUCUUACCUUAAAAAUUCCUUUCAUUUUCUGGUUUUAAGUUAGAAGCAGAACCUUUUUUACCUUUGUAUAAGCGACAUGAAGCUGUCUCUUUCACUUGCUUUCCAUGCUACUAUCUUCUUGCUUCAAUUUUGCAGCGUGUUCUUUGCUGAAGCCAGGUUUUCAAAUGAGACUGACAUGAAAGCUUUGCUCGAGUUCAAGUCUCAAGUUUCUGAAAACAAGAGAGAGGUCUUGGCCUCAUGGAAUCACUCCUCCCCGUUUUGCAAUUGGAUUGGGGUCACAUGUGGCCGCAGGCAAGAAAGAGUUACAAGUCUGAACCUUGGAGGAUUCAAAUUGGCCGGUGCAAUCUCACCUUCCAUUGGUAAUCUCUCUUUUCUCAGAUUACUUAAUCUUGCGGACAACUCUUUUGAAAGUACCAUCCCUCAAGAAGUUGGAAUGCUAUUUAGGCUCCAACACUUGAACAUAAGCUUUAAUCUUCUCGAAGGUAGGAUUCCUCCUAGUCUUUCUAGCUGCUCCAGACUGUCAGCUCUUGAUUUAUCGUCAAACCAUCUAGGACAUGGCGUUCCUUCAGAACUAGGUUCACUUUCUAAGCUUGCCAUACUGGAUCUUAGUAUAAACAACCUUACGGGACAUUUUCCGGCGUCUUUAGGAAACUUGACUUCACUCCUGAAACUUAACUUUGCAUAUAACCAUAUGGAAGGACAGAUUCCAGACGAAGUAGCUAGAUUGACUCAAAUGGUAUAUUUCCAAAUAUCACUGAAUAGUUUUUCUGGUGGUUUUCCUCCUGCACUGUACAACAUCUCCUCGCUUGAGUAUCUAUCUCUAGCUGACAAUUUCUUCUCGGGUAACCUUAGGCCUGAUUUUGGUGAUCUUCUACCAAAUCUAAGAAGGCUUAUUUUGGGAACAAAUCAGUUCACUGGAGCUAUUCCCAUAACACUUACCAAUAUCUCAAGCCUUGAAAAGUUUGAUAUAUCAUCUAAUUACCUGACAGGAAGUAUCCCUCUGAGCUUUGGAAAAUUACGUAAUCUGUUGUGGUUAGGGAUUCGUAACAACUCACUGGGAAAUAACUCGUUCAGUGAUCUUGAAUUUAUUGGUGCAUUGGCGAACUGCACUCAGUUAGAGCAUUUAGAUGUUGGUUACAAUAUACUUGGAGGUGAGCUGCCUGCCUCCAUAUCCAAUCUGUCCACUAAAUUGACUAGUCUGUACCUUGGAGGAAAUCUUAUCUCUGGGACCAUUCCUAGUGACAUCGGGAAUCUUGAAAGCCUGCAAGAACUCAGUUUAGAAACAAACUUUUUGACUGGAGGACUUCCCGUCUCUUUCACGAAGCUUUUGGGGUUGCGAGUUGUGGAUUUGUAUUCAAAUGCAAUAUCUGGGGAAAUACCAUCUUAUUUUGGCAGCAUGACUCAGUUGCAAAAGCUCCAUUUGAAUAACAAUAGUUUCCACGGAAAAAUCCCUCAGAGUCUUGGACGUUGUCGAUAUUUGCUAGACCUAUGGCUUGAUACAAAUAGGUUGAAUGGGAGUAUACCUCAGGAAAUACUGCAAAUUCCAUCCCUCGCUUAUAUAGAUUUUUCUGACAAUUUGUUGACCGGCUCUCUUCCGGAAGAGGUUGGAAUGUUAAAACUUCUUGUUGGACUAGGUGCUUCGAACAACAAAUUAUCAGGACAGAUCCCAAAAGCUAUAGGUGGUUGUCUCUCGAUGGAAUUUCUCUAUGUGCAAGGAAAUUCGUUUGAGGGAGCCAUUCCAGACAUAAGCCGGUUGGUAAGCCUAAAAAAGGUUGACUUCUCCAACAACAAUCUCUCUGGCCGCAUACCUCGAUAUCUGGCCAACCUUCCAUUGCUGCAAAAUCUGAAUCUUUCUAUGAAUAAGUUCGAGGGAAGGGUGCCAACGAUAGGAGUGUUUCGAAAUGCUUCAACAGUUUCUGUUUUUGGAAAUGAAAAUCUAUGCGGAGGCGUCAUAGAAAUGCAACUAAAACCAUGCACUGUGCAGGCAUCACCAAGGAAGAGAAAGCCGCUCUCAGUUGGAAAGAAAGUUGCCAGUGGUAUUGGUCUAGGUAUAGCUUCACUUUUGCUAAUCAUAAUUGUGGCUUCUCUGUGUUGGUUCAUGAAGAGGAGAAACAAGAAUAAUUCCAGUGAUAGUAACCAACCUGAUUCUAAAACUUUGGGGAUGUUCCAUGAAAAGGUAAGUUAUGAAGAGCUUGAUAGUGCAACAAGUGGCUUCUCUUCAACCAAUCUGAUUGGUUCAGGCAAUUUUGGUAAUGUUUAUAAAGGAUUGCUAGGCCUUGAGAAUAAAGUCGUCGCUGUUAAAGUUCUGAACCUCUUGAAGCAUGGAGCAACUAAAAGCUUUAUGGCGGAAUGUGAGACCUUCAAGGGUGUACGGCAUCGUAACCUUGUUAGACUGAUAACAGUUUGUUCAAGCCUCGAUUCCAAGGGAAAUGAAUUCAGAGCUCUGGUCUAUGAGUUCAUGCCAAAAGGAAGUCUGGAUAUGUGGCUGCAGCCAGAGGAUGAGGAAAGGGGAGAUAUUCACUCGAGACCCUUGACACUUGCAGAGAAACUCAACAUAGCAAUAGAUGUGGCUUCCGCAUUGGAGUAUCUGCACGUUCAUUGUCAUGACCCUGUUGCUCACUGUGAUGUUAAGCCAAGCAACGUUCUUUUAGACGGUGAUCUGACUGCUCAUGUUAGUGACUUUGGUUUGGCUCGGCUCCUCUAUAAAUACGAUCGAGAAUCUUUUCUAGACAAGUUUAGUUCUGCUGGUGUCAGAGGCACCAUUGGCUAUGCGGCACCAGAAUAUGGAAUGGGAGGCCAACCAUCAAUACAAGGAGAUGUGUACAGCUUUGGAAUUCUACUUUUGGAGAUGUUUACUGGAAAGAAACCGACAGAUGAAUCAUUUGCAGGCGAUUAUAACCUCCACAGCUACACGAAGUCAGAAUUGUCCGGUUGCACAAGCAGUGGAGGCAGCAACGCCACUGAUGAGUUAUUGAGACUAGUUUUGCAGGUGGGAGUAAGGUGUUCUGAAGAAUAUCCAAGGGAUAGGAUGAGAACUGCUGAAGCAGUUCAAGAAUUAAUCUCAAUCAGAUCUAAGUUCUUCAGUUCCAAGAGAACUAAUAAAGAGCUAAGCCCCCGGGACGCUCCAGAAAGUUCUCCUCAGGAAUGGAUGUUAAAUGCGGACAUGAAUACAAUCUAGACAAAAGCGAGGACGUCACCAUCACCUUCUCAGCUACUUAUGGACAACAGUAAAUGAGUAUCUGCUUCUGCUUUAGUAAUGAGUAUCUGCGUCUGCUUCAUCGAAACAGAUCAAUGUUGGGAGAGACUACUUAUUACUUUAUUAGUAUAUAUCAAGGGAAUAAAGAACGUUGGUAAUCUAGCUCUGUUGUAGUCUUAAAUCACUUUUAAUCCUUUUUUUGUUGUAGGUAAAAAUGAUUAUGACCACAUAGAUAUGGUUGUUGAAUAUCCUUUUUCGUUUUGAAACACAAUAUAGUUCUCUGUGUCUAUGCCCAUAAAGAUUGAGCAAAACUUGUUAUUG